GGCCAGUAGGAGGCGCACGCCAAAUCCAUGGCUAAUAAUCAUAAAAGCAAAAAAUAAGGCGCCACUUCCGCGUUUCACCGGAAGGGGAACAUGGCUUUCUGCAGCAAUAGACGGGGGCAGAAAAUGAAGAAUUCUGGUGGAGACGCUUCAGAAACCGACCUGUUGCUUCAUCCGGAACUUCUAUCUCGGGAUUUCCUCAAACUUGUUUUACACGAGAAAAAGAUAAAGACAGAUGACAGUGGAGGCCCUGACCACCUCACUGAGUUGUAUAUCCAGCAUGUUAUCCCACUCCCACAGAGAGAACUCCCCAAUACCAGGUGGGGUAGAAGAGUGGAGAAGACAAGUCCACACCGGAGCUUGACCACAGCACACAGCUCAAGCGUAGAUAGUGGCAGGAAGCGGCACAUGAUCGUGUUUGAUGGCAGCUCCACCAAAACUGGCAGCAUUAAACUAAAGAGAACAGAUGAUUUACCAGCUACAGAUCGCUUAAAGUCCCCACCUUCCAGCAUCAAACUCAGUAACCCUAUACGUAAACUCUCCAGCUCCUCCUCAAACUCGCCUUCCUCCCAGGCUUCAGCAGGAGGUUCCAGGAGCCCUACAGGAAACGGCAGCCUGAAUAGUCCCUCAGCUCCAUCUUCAGUGCAGUCCAACUGCAUGAGCACAAAGCUAAAGCGAGGCGCAACAAGCUCAGGAGGGCCCGAAAGUCCUGAGCUGAAGUCACCUGAAGUGAAAAAGAAGAUUCAGCAUGUCACAUGGCCAUGAUUUCUGUCCACCUAUCAGAAGUACUAACAGAAAGAAGUGCCUUUCAGUGAUUUCUGAUGGGCCAUGUGUCCCGUGGCAUAAGAGGCCAUAACAGGGAUAAUGAGUUCGUGCAUCUAAAAAUUAGAUGUCCACUGCCUCACGUGCUCACUGAGAUCUUCAUGGAUGUGCCAACAGACUUUCCUCAUGAGCAUCUUUUGACCAGUGUUGUACGUGAGAUUCUAAAAGACAAGGAGGAUGGAUUUCGCUUUUUGAACACUGUAAAAAUAUUCUUUUUACUUGAAUAAAUAAUGUUCUGUCAUCACAUCUUUCUAAUUGUACAACAAAUGAAAUUCUGUCUAUAAUAA